UUCCUUGUACAUACAAUGAAGAAGGACUUUGAAACCUCUAUGCAGGUAAGGUUUAAAUUCAUCGUCAUAAAUAAACGGAUGAGCAAGUAAGGGAUCAUACUUUGUGUCCAUGACUCAUUUUGGCAUGUGGCAGUUCAUGACCUAUAUCACCGCAAAUACUUCACGGGUUUGUGUACAGUACGUUCCUUCAUAACCCGUGAAAAGAUACUCUGCAAUGUACACGCUAUUUUAACCAUUAAAUCAAACCUCGGUCUGGAUCUAGCGAAGUGGAAGCCAGUUCCGACCAAUGAGCGCUCAGAUUACAUUGGCAAUAUGCAACGCGUAUCCCCUGUUCGAUCCUCUGCUCUGCGUAUAGCUUCAAUAUCAGUCAACAGUAGAGCUCGUGCACAGGUUUAACUCUGGAUUGAUUUGGCAACCAUCAAAGCCAGCAAACGAUCGCCUGGUCACUAUAUAUUGAUGCCAAGAGAAGACAACGGGCUUCCCAGCGGCCAUUCAGAUCUUCCAGCAAUUUCGGAAAAUGAUGGACAACACUAGUUUCCAUGACGACCAUGACGCUUACCUACGUGACUAUGACGACCGUUACGCACUACAGGUGCUUCCCGCCAUCUUGUUUCUUGCCAUUCUGACGUUGGUAGGCUUCGUGGGGAACUCGCUCGUCUGUUAUGUGUAUAUUGUGAAGUUUAAACCAAGUCCAACCAACAGUUAUAUAAUAGCCCUGGCAAUAUUUGAUCUCGUCAACUGUAGCAUAUGCAUACCUCAUGAAAUAGCUGACAUGAGAUACAGUUACACGUUUGCACAAUAUGGCUUCUGCAAGGUAAUUAGACUAGUCAUGGGAUUUGUAUCGUAUGCAUCAGGGGCCAUAAUCCUAACUAUAGCAGUGGAUAGAUAUCGGAAAAUUUGCCGACCUUUUCAAAGACAGGCGACAUGGCUCGUUGCCAAAGUAGCAAUCACUGUGUGUUCAGUCAUAUCUUUGAUUCUUGCAUCGCCAUUUGCUGCUGUGUUCGGUGAAGGGACACGGACCACAAACGAUAUCCACAUCAACGGUUCAGAUUGUUCUACAGCAGAUGAAUACAGCGUGACCAUAUAUCCCAGCAUCUACAACGGUACUCAGUUCUUCCUAUUUGUUGCUACAACCCUAUGUCUUGUUGUCCUCUACAGCCUAAUAUGGAGACAGAUUGUUAGGCACGGGACAUUCCUAAACAAGGUCAAAGUCAAGCAGACUAUUCACUCAGGCCAACAGAUACACACAUCCAUUGCUGCCUUUAGUGUCCAGCUUGAUGCUCCUGAAGGUGUUUGUGCUGUAUCUGUAUCAGACUCGAAGCCGCCAACUGACGAACUGACGAACCAAUACCAAGGAGGUUCUGAAACAGAAGAUGCAGUUUCCUCCUCGAAAAGGACGCCUACCGUUUUGGACUCAUCCACAGAUGCCCGAGCAGCAAGGACACACUCAAACAAACUAUUAAUGUUCUUUCUGAUCACCUUUGUAUUUGUACUGAGUUUUCUCCCCCAUCUGUCUUUAAUGGCGGCCAGAUCAGUCAAUGAGCAUAUUUUCAAAGGCAUUCAAGGAGCUGGAUUAACAGCUUACAAUCUGUUUCUGAGAUCGUACUUCAUCAACAGUGCUGCUAAUCCUAUUAUCUACGCCUGUUGUAAUCUGUAUUUCCGACAGGAACUUAUACUCCUUUGGAGAAAAGUAACAUGUAGGCCACAGGGAUAGUGUCCGAAGAUACAGGAUACCUCGCCGUCAUUGGAGUUGGUGCUCCUUCUCAAACUGUUCCCCAGUGUUUGUACAAUAGAGAUAAAUAGCAUUAAGUUAAACUACUAUAAAUAUUGGUGGUGCUGUUAAAAAGUGGGAUGAAGUCAUCCAAAGCUGCUUAUACUAAACAAUGCAUAUACUGUAAGCAUGUGUACACUUGUAAAUAGCACAUGCUAAUUGUCCAUUUAAUUACACCAUAUGUAUAUGAACGUCUUCCGAUAUAUAUGUAAUAUACAUAUGUCUCUCUGUGUGUGCACACACUUAUCCUAUAAAUUUUGUCUUAUCACUGUAUACCUUGACCUCUUCAUGAAAUGGAGGAAAUAAAGAAGGUCUACCUAUCUAUCUAUUUCCUUUCCGAUCUACGGGGGAUUCAGUUCAAA